GCGCGAGUCAGUAGCGAGCUGAUCAGUUCAGUAAAAUGGCGUGUCCUAUGAACAUGACUGACGCGGAGUACCGUGAGCUGCAGAUAGCAGCUGUUUCCCACAAUAACGGCACCACAUACGCUGAAGUUCAGCUGCAAGCUAUCGCCACUUACUAUGUAUCCGUUUUCAGGAGUCGAAGUCGCUGUCCUGAGGCGGGUGUCUUAACAUGCCAGAUACUUUUCUCAGGACCUGUGAGCCAAAAGUAUCUCGGUAAUUCGAACAUAAGGACCAUAUCUGAGGUAGGCGCGCUACUGAUAGGACUGAUCGUCUCUCUGACGCAACCCCAGUACAUGCCCCUGUGGAUUGCGGUCAACAUCGUGUUUGUGCUGUUGUCAAGCCAGCGAAGAAUAGUAGAUGUUCUCAGCGCAACAGACAAAAAGCAAGAGAAGGCGAUUGUCGAGCACUUCUCGCGCAAAAGAAAGAGUUUCGUGACGGUGUAUCGCAGCACGAUGCUGGUCGUAGUGUUGUUCUGCAUCCUUGCCGUUGACUUCAAUAUAUUUGAACGACGCUUCACCAAAACCGAAACCUUCGGUGUUUCAACUAUGGAUACGGGUGUUGGUGCCUUCAUUCUAAAUAACAGUAUAGUUACCGCCAGCCGACCCCAGAAAGGGGGACUGCUUCGAAUUCUCAAAUCAUCUCUGCCAUUGGUCGUACUCGGCCUGCUGAGAUUGCUGACGGUUAAAUCCCUGGACUAUCAGGAGCAUGUGAGUGAAUACGGAGUGCAUUGGAAUUUCUUCUUCACCCUGUUCUUCACGGGGAUUGUGAGCAAUACCGUUCGCGCAUUGGUCAAGAGCACAUCCGCUCUGUUCAUGUUCGGACUGGCUAUAGCUACAGCAUAUCAAUGGGUGCUGGACAACUACGGGGGAGAACAAUACAUUCUGGAGCACCCUAGGAGUAGCAUUAUACACGCCAACAAAGAGGGCGUGUGUAGCAUCGUAGGCUACACGGCGCUCUACCUCAUGGGCUGCGGCAUUGGCGGCCACUUAAGUAAGGAUAGGUAUACAAAACGCGCCUGGACUAUCGCGUUCGCCGAGUUGGCAGGACUGACGAUGACAAUGUGGCUGGCUCUGACAUGGCUUGUUGAUGCCGAACCAUCACGGCGCAUGAUGAAUCUCCCGUACAUUAUCUGGGCCUUUAUCACCACGACCUCUGUACUCUUACUUGUGUUCUUCGUUGAGCUCUUCAUAUGCGACCAACCCGUGAAGGAGUCGAAAUUGAUGCUGGCGAUCAAUCGGAACCAACUCUUUCUAUUUUUACUGGGUAAUUUGUUAACAGGUCUUGUGAACCAGACGACGAGAACAAACUGCGCAAGCGACGAACGGGCAUACACAAUUCUCAUAGCAUACAUAUGCAUACUCAUGGGUCUGGCGCUGGGUUUACACAAGCUCAAGUUGACACUGAAGUUAUAA